AUGAGACACGGCGCCGGAGCGGUGCCCCUGCUGCUCAACAUGUACCUGCCAGGUACGGGCGGACCCCCCCGCGGCAAAGACGGCAAGAGCCAGGCGUGGGGGUCCCUCAGCCCGGGCGUGCAGAAAGGCAGCGGGCAGAUCCAGCUGUGGCAGUUCCUGCUGGAGCUGCUCUCGGACCGGGCCAACCUGAACUGCAUCGCCUGGGAAGGCACGAAUGGGGAGUUCAAGCUGAUCGACCCCGACGAGGUGGCACGGCGCUGGGGCGAGCGGAAGAGCAAACCCAACAUGAAUUACGACAAGCUGAGCCGGGCGCUGCGCUACUACUACGACAAGAACAUCAUGACCAAGGUCCACGGCAAGCGCUACGCCUACAAGUUCGACUUCCACGGGCUGGCGCAGGUGUGCCAGCCGGCCGCCCCCGAUCACACCCUCUACAAAUUUCAGGGCAACCUGGCCCCGCUGCCCUUCUCAGGCAUCUCCAAACUCAACCUCAUGACCUCAGGGGUGACACCGGCCGGCUUCUCCUACUGGCCUGGCUCCAGCCCGUCCCUCUAUCCCGGGCACGGGCUCCAACCCUCUGCCCCGUUCAGCGCCAUGGCAGCCUCCCACCUCAACAACAUGAACAACCAUUACCAUUAGAGGCUCGGCCACGCCAGGCGGACCUCCCCAUCCCUGGCAGCAUGGGGCUGUGGAGCUGGGGAGCUCGGCAGGGGGGGAUGGGGGGGUGGGAUUGUGCCCUGCUCUCGGUUGUCC